AUGAUUAAAAGAGGAGACAUUAAGAUGUCGGAGCCUCCCGGGUGCUGCAUAUGUCUGGAUGAGAUCACCACCCCUGCCUCCCUCCCCUGCGGACACUGCUUCUGCCUUGUGUGCAUUGGGGAAUAUUGGCGGAUCCAUGACUCCUGUCAGUGCCCUCUCUGUAAAGCAGGCUUCCCUGACAGGACGCGGCUUCAAACCGGCCAGGCUCCUCAGACCCAGGACGCCGCCGCGCCUCUGAAGGCAGGGGCCUGCGGUCAAGUCCUGCCUGCGGUGCCUGGCCUCGUACUGCGCCGCCCAUCUGGAGCCGCACUACCGGAGCGACGCGCUGGGACGUCACCUUCUGAUCGGCGUGGCCAAGAACCUGGAGGACUCGGUGUGCAGGCUCCACGGGAGGAGGCUGGAGCGCUUCUGCAAGAGCGACCAAACCUGCAUUUGCACCAAAGCACAGGGGUCACCGCAUCUGUUAGCCAAGAAGCCGCAAAGAACAAGGUAAAGUGGAAGAAAAGUGCCACACGAGGACGACACGCCUGUAUAAAAGCUUCCAAGAAAUUGUUGUUAUUCUGUCCUCAAUUCGAAAAAAUGGUUGCUGUAAUAUUUUCAAAGCAGGUGACCUUGUUGUGCUGUCUUUCGCCAGACAUGGCUUCCAGUUCCAAUUCCCCCGGUGACUCGGGCUCACUUCAGAGGCAUCUCAGCUGCUCCGUCUGCAUCGAGACCUUUAAAGAUCCCGUCACCACAGCUUGUGGUCACACCUUCUGCAGGAAAUGCCUGGACCUUCACAUCGAACACGCUUCGUCCUCGUGCCCCCUUUGCAAAACGCAUUUGAACAAAGCCCCAAGUGUGAACAUCGUGCUCAGAGACAUCAUCCAACUGAACAACAAGCCGAGACGCCCACCUCCCAAUGUGUUCACCGGGGCUCCCGGAGGGGUGAAAUGUGACGUCUGCACAGAGCCCAAUCUGAAGGCUGAGAAGUCCUGCCUCGUGUGUCUGGCCUCCUACUGUUCAACACACAUCCAGAAUCAUUAUUCAGCGGAAAGGCUGAAGGGCCACAAGCUGAUGGAACCAGUGGGGGACAUGGACGCAAGGGCCUGUUUGAUCCACGGCCGUCCCCUUGAGCUGUUCAGCAGGAGCCAGCAGAAAUGUGUCUGUGUUCAGUGCAUUGACAGGCAGGAGGAAGUGGUCUCAGCCAAGGAGGAAUGCCAGGCAAAGAAGGCUCAACUUGAUGACAUCAAGACAGAUUUUCAGCAGAAAAUCAGGGAAAGAAGAGCAAAAAUGGAAGAGAUCAACACAGCUUUGAGGAGCUGCAAGGUUACAAGUGCAACCAGAGAAAGUAAAAAAACACUUUUUACUGGUUUUCAGGACCAGCUGGAGACUGUGCUGACUAUAGUGGAGGCUGCGCAGAAGGCCAUAGUGAAGCCGUUGGAGGAGAGGAGGCGCUCACUGGAAAUGGAAGCAAAAGGCCACAGCAAGAAGCUGAAAGCUGAAAUAAAAAGACUUCCAAGUCCGAAAUUAACGACUUCUCUGCGCUGGAGGACCACAUCCUGUUCUUACAGGUUCCCGUCAGUUGCAGUCCACAGUGACAUCAUGGACUGGACAGGGGUCAAGCUCGACACGUCACUGUCGUUUGGCACCAUGAUAAAAACUACAACAGUGGCGAUGGAAAAAAUUCAACAAGAGCUUGACAAAUUGUCUUCUAUAGAGCUGAGGAGAGUCCCAAAGUUUACAGUGGACGUCAAACUGGAUCCGGCCACCGCUCACAAACGCCUCGUUGUUUCUGACGACGGCAAAGAAGUGAAGGAUGGGGGAGAGGAGCAGGGAUUGGAAGAUUCCCCUGCCAGGUUCGACCUGUUCGGCAGCGUCCUGGGGCUCAGCAGCUUCUCCUCCGGGAAGUCGUACUGGGAGGUGGAGGUCGGAGACAAGACGGGGUGGGAUCUGGGUGUGGUGAGAGGAAGCAGCAGCCGCAGAGGGAAGCUGAAGGUGAACCCCGAUAACGGCUACUGGGCUCUGGUUCAUUACGAAGAGGAGAACUACGCCGCCAUGACGGAGCCACCCCUUCGUCUCUCCCCCAGAGCAAAGCCAAAGAAGGUGGGCGUGUUUGUGGACUACGAGGAGGGUCUGGUCUCCUUCUACGACGUGACGGCUCGGUCUCACAUCUACUCCUUCCAUAAGUGCUCAUUCACCGAUGAGCUUUACCCGUAUUUCAGUCCACACGUGAAGCAGGACGAGAAAAACUUCGAGCCGUUGGUUAUUUCUGCUGAGAAACAUUCUGAAAGUGAAGUGGAAAGGGAGCAGAUUGAUGCGAGUUCUAGCUCUGUGUAG